UAAAUGAAGACGGGGGGUGGUAAAACCGGUAGUAUCGCGGGACUCAAAAUGCGGAAGUCAAGAAAAAGGAAUUCCAAAGACACAAUUAUUUUAGUUACUCUAACUUCAUACUGAGCGCAGUACAACGAUGCCUUUUCUACGGAUCAGAUGAGUCCUUUGUCAGGUCUAGAAUUAGAUGAGCCUUAUUCAGUAACAAGUGUCCCAUGAGAGAUGAUGCUGCAGGAUGGCUCAACGCAGAUCCUCUGCCUAACUGCAAACAGUGGCGUUCCUCUGUUCACCAGGGGGGCCUCAAAACAGCUCCCCUUCUCCGUCAUCGGCUCCCUGAACGGAGUCCACAUGUUUGGAGAUGGCCAGGGCGUUGUGUUGUCCAGCUGUCAGACUGACUGUGGCGGUAGAGUUGUAUGGCGCGUCUUCCACGAUAGCGUCAUGCUCAUUGCUGUCAACGGGGGACAACGGUCAUCGGGGGUCAUUCAAGGCCAUGUCAAAGGGGAAGAGCUGUUCUUGGAGCGGCUGCUGGAGAACGUGUGGAACUGCAUGGUGCUGGUGCUAGGAAGGGACGAGCUUACCAACACGAGGAAUGUGGAGCGGCUGAAGAAGGACCUCCGCUCCUGCUUCGGCCUCAUCGACCAGCUGCUGGAGGACAGGCACCAGGGCAUCAUGGGAAACCUGACGCACUGCGCCGACUGCCUCCUGCCCCCCAACCCCGCGCUGGUCCAGGAGGCGGUGAACGGCUUCACCCAGUCUGUGGACAGUGAGUUUGGCUGCCUGGUGGUCCACGGCCGCGUGGCGGCGGCCACUGAGAACUGGUGGCGCCUGGCACCGCAGGAGGUGAUUCUGCUCUCCGCUCUGAUGCGCAUGCUCUCUUCCUCUGGCUCGGCCUCAUGCGACUACCCGGUGUUCCUUCCCCAGGGCAGCCCCACGGUGGCCCACCGGCUCCUCCGCUUCCAGCUGCUCCCAGGGGCCGACGUGUGCGUGCUGUGCGGCCCCACCCCGUCCCUGCAAAAGGCCCAGUGCGACCUGGUGAGGCAGUUCUGGUCCCCGUUGGUGGAGACGCUGAGGGAUUGCCUGGCCGUCGGAGAGCGCUGCCUGCCCAGCACCGUGUCCCUCAGCGUCCCCGACGUGCUGGCCCUGCUGGUCCUGAACCGGGAGGCCCGGCGCUCCGUCUCCUGUGUGCGGGCCAGUGCCGACCGCAGCCCCACCCUGCCCUCCAAAGCCCGCUGCUGGGAGCUGCUCAGGCUCUUCUACAUCUUUGCUGCCACGCGCUACUUCAGCCAGGAGGAGGCGCCAGUUCCCGGCGCUCCGGCAGAGGACAAGGCCCACAGGAGAAGCAGCGCUUCUGGGGACUUUGUGGCUGGAUUUCCCCACCAGCCCAUGCAGUGCUAUCUGGUCACAGAGGAGUGCAAGUGCUACGGCCUGCAGACCCAGCAUCAUCAGCUGUUCCUGCUCACCCCACUCUCGGUGCCCACCUUCGCCCUGAGGAACGUUGCCACGCAGACCCUCUUGGCUGUCACAGCAGACACUGGGUUUUAAAGAAACAUUUCUUACUGAACAUGUUCAAUGUGUUUCAGGCACAGGCUUUGCUUCUGGCUAUCUGUUUUUUAAACGGGGACUCACCAGUCCAUAGUAUUUAUUUGAAAUAUGAAUUUGGUUUACUGGGAGUUAUGCUGUGUCACCACAUACUGGGGAUCAGUACAGGAUCAACAGGGCCUCAAAUUCAGUUGCCACACCAAAGGGAGGUAACUUGUGAUGUGACUUAGCAACUAUUGCAAAUAGCCCUUCCUGCUAUCAAUUAGCUUACUCUGUGACAGUGUAAGCUUAGCUUUGUGAUUGAACCUAUGCUUGAAUUAUUCACUGUGAGAGACUGAGACCAACUGAGAACUGUAACCCGAGGGCAAUGUCUGACCGUUCUUACUUUUUAUCUAUCCUGUAGUUUCUGUCCCUGUUCAUGUUGCCUUCAACCCUAUGAUUGCUUCAUUUGAAAUAUCUAAUGAUUGUCUAAUACUGGCAUUGAUUAUUCUGUGUAUUCUUGCCAAUUGAGUGAUUGCAUUAACAAGUAUGUGUUGUUUGUGUCUGGAUUUCAAUGUAUAUUCAAACAGAUCAGAUUAUUAAAUGGAAUGAGAUGAAAAUGAC